UGGGGCCGCUUCCGUGUUUGUGUGAUUAGGCAGGGCAUUGCACUCAGCCGGAGGAGCGUCUCUGUCUCCACAGAUUCAUUCAUUGAAAAGACUAACGAUAAGCUUAAGGCCAACAGGAAUAAUGCCAUUUGAACUGAAGCAUGUUUUUGCCAGCCUCCCCCAGAUGGAGAGGGGAGUUGCGAAAGUAAUUGGUGGCGAUCCCAAAGGAAACAACUUCCUCUACACCAACGGCAAGUGUGUCGUCAUACGAAACAUCGAGAAUCCAGCAAUUGCGGACAUUUACACUGAGCAUGCUCAUCAAGUUACUGUCGCCAAGUACGCCCCCAGUGGCUUCUACAUUGCAUCUGGAGAUGUAUCAGGGAAGAUCCGUAUCUGGGACACCACCCAGAAGGAACACAUGCUCAAGUACGAGUACACCCCCAUUUCAGGGAAAGUCAAGGACAUUGCCUGGACAGAGGACAGCAAGAGGAUUGCGGUUGUAGGCGACGGACGAGAGAAGUUUGGUGCAGUGUUCUUGUGGGAUUCAGGCUCGUCAGUGGGAGAGGUUUCUGGCCAUGCAAAAUUAAUCAACAGUGUAGACAUAAGACAGAAACGCCCCUACCGCCUUGCCACUGCCAGCGACGACACCUGCGGCUCUUUCUUUGAGGGACCUCCCUUCAAGUUUAAAUUCACGCUAAGGGACCACAGCCAGUUCGUCAACUGCAUUCGUUUCUCUCCAGAUGGAAGUCGAUUAGUCACAGCUGGAGCUGAUGGUCAGAUAUUCGUCUACGAUGGAACAACUGGUGAACGCGUCGGCUCACUGGGUGGAGAAAAAGCGCACAAAGGAGGAAUCUACGCUCUCAGCUGGAGCCCUGACAGCUCCCAGCUGAUCUCUGCCUCGGGGGAUAAGACCGUGAAGCUCUGGGAUGUUGGCGCAGGAACGGCCGUCACCACCUUCAAUAUGGGCUCCGACGUGAGCGACCAGCAGCUGGGCUGCUUGUGGCAGAAGGACCACCUCCUCAGCAUCUCUCUGUCGGGAUACAUCAACUACCUGGACAAGAACAACCCUGACCGGCCCAUUCGCACCAUCAAGGGUCACACAAAGUCCAUCCAGUGUCUGACGGUUCAUAAAGGCGACGGUCGAUCAUACAUCUACUCUGGGAGUCAUGAUGGACACAUCAAUUACUGGGAUGCAGAAACUGGUGAGAAUGACAGUUUCUCAGGUAAAGGCCACAGUAACCAGGUGAGCAAGAUGCAGGCGGAUGAAGCCAAUGACCUGGUGACGUGCAGCAUGGAUGAUACGCUCCGUUACACAAGCCUCAGCAAGAAAGAGUACAGUGCCUCUGAUGUGGUGAAGAUGGACUCCCAGCCUAAGAGUGUCUCCGUAUCAGGAGGGUUCACUCUGGCUGUGUGCAUCGGUCAGCUGGUCUUGCUGAAGGACAAGAAGAAAGUCUUCACAUUGGACAAUCUUGGCUACGAAGCAGAGGUCGGGGUCAUCCAUCCUGGUGGCACCACUGCUGCGGUUGGUGGAAACGAUGGAAAAGUCCACCUCUACUCGAUUCAAGGCAACACGCUGAAGGACGAGGGUAAAACUCUCGAGAAUAAAGGGUCCAUAACUGACAUGGCCUACUCCAGUGAUGGAGCCUACUUGGCUGUCAUCGAUGAUAAGAAGGUCGCUACGGCCUACUCUGUGGCAGACGGCUACUCGGUAAAAAAUGAGUUUUAUGGGCAUCAUGCCAAACCAGUGAGUCUGGCCUGGUCACCUGACAAUGAGCACUUUGCAACCGGUGGGAUGGACAUGAUGGUUUACAUCUGGACCGUUGGUGAUGCAGACACAAGGAUCAAACUUCCCGAUGCUCACCGUUUGCACCAUGUCAGCAGCCUGGCCUGGAUCGACGCUCACACUCUAGUCACCACCUCCCACGAUGCCACUGUCAAGCAGUGGACAAUUAAAUACUGAGCUGCAAGCAAAACAUUCACAUCUCCAGGGACAAGGACUACUGUAGAAUUCAAGCUUUUCUUUUCUUUUUUUUUUCUCUCCCCUUAAUGUACUGUUAAGCAUCAAAACUUUGGUCUUUGCUGUCUGUAACAUCUGAUUUGUAAAUGGUUAUGCUAGUGAUGGCGUCCAGAAAACAGUUUUAACACAAUUAACGCAAGUCUACACGCAGGUGAAAUGUUGAAUUAUGAAAUGUAACCACGAGUGCUUUUACAGCUCUACAUGGAUGCAAACGUGUUUGUAAUCAUUCCAUAGUUUACUAAAAUGCUUUUCUGUGCAUUGGGCCCUUUUAAAGAGGAACAAUGAGCUUUUUACCAGAACAGAACAUGUUUCAAUGAAAUAAAACCUUUUGGUUACAUUCCUGAAAUGAAUUGGUCCCUGCAGCAGAUGUGCAUUUUUUUUUUUACAUUUUUAUUUUUUUUGUCAACAUUCAGACUUUGACUUUCUGAUCUUUGGGAUCGGAAGCAUUAAGGAAGUGAGAGAACAAGGAAUACAAUCAGAAUGCUGUCUUUUCUGUUAGGUCUUGUUAGUGUUUAGCAUGUCUCGCUUUUUUUAAAUGUCUUUAUGAAUCGGUGUCUAAAGAAAAACUUGGUUCAUUAAUUAUGAUAAUAAAAGGUAACUUUUUAUGCA